AUGCGGCGCCUGGAGGGGCUGUGCCGGCGGCGGCGGCGGCGGCGGCGGGGCCCGGGCCGCGAGCGGAGCGGGGACAAGAUGAAGUACCAGAAGUACCUGACGGUGCUGCAGAUGGCCAUCGGCGUCACGCCGUCCAACCGCGGCAGCCUUCUGCCGCUCAAGAGGAGGCUGUGGGUAACACCAUCCUCUGAAAAUCCUAAUGGUGCUACUUCUAGUGUCAGCCAAGGAAAACCUUCUCUAAGACGAAUUAAAGGGAGACUACACAGAAGCAAAAGCCUUGAUAGCAUCGAUUUCUGUGAACUCACUAUGUUUACCCUCCCCCCAAGCCAUCUCCUAGGGACGCCUUCCCCGAAGCCUCCACCCAAGCAAACCUCCCUUCUCUUCUCUGCUUCCCGUCUCCACCGGUCCUCUACGAUGAGCACAGGAAAGGUCUGCCUGGAGCUGGUCACAGUAAAGCAUCACCCAUUGUUUCCUCACCGAGCAAGGAGAUUUAAGUGUGUAAUUAAGGGCAUUGCAACCACGAGUGUUAAAGAAUCCGGCUUUGACUCGGACUGUUGUCUAACUGUUGUGCUUUGUGUCAAGAUAGGGAUGGUUGAAAUGUUAACAUUGUGA